AUGGAUAAUAAUAAUAAUAAUAAUAAUAAUUUAAUAAAUCAACAAGAAAUUUGUUUAGAAUUAAUUAAAAAAAUUAAAAAUGAUAUUAUAGAAAAAUAUGAAAAUAAAGAAGUUGAUAAAGAUUAUUUAAUGGAAAUGAUGUUUCAAUUAAAAGAACAACAUUCAAAAUUGGAACAAUUAAUUGAGGAUCAACAUUGGAGACCAAUUAAAGAAAUCAUUGAAAAUAUUAAUCAAUCAAAUAAUAAAUUGGAAUCAUUUAAAUAUGAGAAAAUAAUGUUGGAAUCUGAAAUCAAUGAUUUACGUAAACUUCAAUUCGAUCUUUCUGAUCCAUCACUUGGUAUAACUCCACUUGAAAAAUUCUUAUCAUUUCAAUCACCACAAUAUAUUGAAUCUUUUAAUUCUAAACCAAAAGAAAAACAAUCAAUUGAAAGAUUAGAAUGGGAAAUUUAUCAAAGAAAAUUAAAAUUAAUAGAAUUGGAAAAAUUAAAAAAAUUAAAAAUUAAACUAAAACAAGAUGAUGAAAAAGCAAAUAAUGAAUUAAAACAAUUUGAAGAUAAAUUAAAAGAAAAUUUAAAUGUAAAGAAAGCAGUCGAACCAUUUCAAAAAUUUAUUGGAAUUUUACCAGUUUCAAAAAAUAAUAAUAAUAAUAAUAUAAUUGGAAAUCAUCCACUUUUAUUAGAAUCACCUCAACCUUUAUAUAUUUUAUAUCAUGAAUUAGUUUACUUUAAAGAAUUCUUUUUCAAUGAAAAUUUAACUGUAGAAUUAAUAAAAAUUGAAAAUAGUGAUGAAAAUAAUGAAAGUGUUGAGAAUAAUACAAUUAGUAAUAAUAAUGAUAAUAAUAAUAAUAAUAAUAAUAAUAAUAAUAAUAAUAAUAAUAAUAAUAAUAAUAAUAAUAAUAAUAAAUUGAAUGAAAAUAGUAUGAAUGUAGAUAAUAAUGAUGAUUAUGACGAUGAUGACGAUGAUGGUAAUAAUUAUAAUAAUUAUAAUAACAAUAAAUCAACGAAAUUAAUUUCUCAAAGUGAAGUUUACAUAUCAUUAAAAAUUAAGAUACUUUUAGAGAACAAAAAAGAUCUUUCAAUUCAGUUUUAUUAUUAUCCAAAUUUAAAAAUUGUAACAGUAUUACCAAGCUUGGAUGGUGAUUUUGAAAUGGGUCAAAAACUUUUAGAGAGUUUAGAUAAUUCUGAUACUGGUUUAAUGACUCCAAAUUUAUCAAAUCAUUUCAUAUUCGAAAGUUUUGGAAAAGAUUUAUUUAAAUUAGAUGAACACAAUUUAAAGGGAAGACCCUAUAAAUGGGUUCAAUUUAUUACUGGUUUAUCAUUUUUACCUGAAAUUACAACAGACAAUAUGAAAGAUAAAAGUUUUCAAUUACACAAUUUCCAACCUAAAACAUCACAUAAAAUAUUAUUUGAAAUAAUAAAUUCCCUUUAA